CGUUCUUCCCGGUCUUGCCCCCUCGGUUUUAUUAAUUAUUCCAGUCGGCCAUACGCAGCACCAGCGUAACACUGACUCCACCGGACUCAUUUCACCUCUAUCAAGUGCAACGUCACUCUUGGAGCAAUCCAAACUGAAGAUAAUUUCCCAUCCUGUAAAAAUCACUCAAAAUGGCGGAGCCAAUCAAUGUUGUGGUGACCGGUGCAGCAGGUCAAAUAGCGUACUCACUCCUAUAUCAAUUGGCAGCUGGCUCAGUCUUCGGGCCUGAUCAACCCAUCAAUCUUCGCCUUCUGGACAUUCCAGUGAUGAUGGAGGUGCUUCAAGGAGUUGUCAUGGAGCUCGACGACCUCGCACUUCCCCUCUUGAGAGAGGUUCUCCCAACUGCUGACCCUGCUGCAGCCUUCAAGGACGCGGCAGCUGCAUUUUUAGUGGGUGCUAUGCCCAGGAAACAAGGAAUGGAGCGCAAGGAUCUCCUUUCUGCUAAUGUCAAGAUUUUUAAAGUUCAGGGCGAGGCCCUAGACAAAUACGCUCGCAAGGACGUGAAGGUGCUGGUCGUUGGCAAUCCAGCUAACACUAAUGCACUCAUCUGCUCGCACUAUGCGCCGUCCAUCCCCAAGGAGAACUUUACUGCCAUGACGAGACUCGAUCAGAACCGAGCGCAGGCUGCACUGGCUGCUCGUCUUGGGGUUCAGGUUGAUAAAGUACAGAAUGUUAUCAUCUGGGGCAACCACAGCUCCACACAGUUCCCAGAUGCCUCCCACGCGACUGUCAAUGGCAAACCUGUCCCAUCAGCUGUCAAUGAUGAUGCCUGGCUGAAUGGAGUCUUCUUGGAGACGAUUCAGAAGAGGGGUGCUGCUGUCAUCGCAGCCAGGAAGAUGUCCUCUGCAAUGUCCGCUGCCAAGGCAGCUGGGGACCACAUGAGGGACUGGUGGAUGGGAACCAAACCUGGACACUGGGUCUCCAUGGGGGUUCUGUCUGAUGGGAGCUAUGGAGUGCCAAAGGACAUUGUUUUUUCAUUUCCUGUCACCAUUAAUAAUGGGAAAUUUGAGAUUGUUCAGAAUCUCUCAAUCAGCGACUUUGCAAGAGGCAAAUUGAACAUAACAGCUAAAGAACUCGAAGAAGAGCGUGCUGAGGCCCACUCAGUCCUCAUGCCAUGACUAUCCGGCCCCCAGUCCUCCACCCCCCCACGACCAGACACUAAAUGCCGGCUAUAGGUUGAAAUGGAAUAAGCACCUGUUAAUAUUAUCAAGAUUAACGUUCAGCUGAUAUAUGUGUAUAGAUGACGUCUGCCCCAAACUCUGCAUUCGUCAAGUUGUUAUCGUAAUAUUACAGAGAAUAUAUCUACAUAUGCCAAUACUGUGAAAUUAUAAUAAAUAUAGGAGGAUGGGACAAGGUAUCACAACUUGAAACUCUUGGAUUUAUCAAGAAAA